AUGAAUAAUUAUGCAGGUUAGGCUAUGUUCCAAAAUAUGCAAGGAUCAAUGUCUCAAGCUUAAUAAUUUACAAUGAUGCUUCAACAAAUGAUGAUGAACCAAAUUCUUCAAGAGGAGGAAUAGGAUGCCAUUAAUAGCAAUUUUAGAAUGCAACUCAUAUUCAGAGCAUGCAGCCUGUGCACUAAAAUAUAUUAGCACUUCCAUACUAGGCCCCAGAAAAACAUAAUGAAGAUGAGAAUAUUAAUUGAAAGAAUGAGCCUUAUAAUAUACAUUAAUCUCGGUUGCAUGUUGACCCUAACUACAUUUUAGAUAAAAAAGUAACUUUAAAUGAAAUAGAGUUAGACUUUGCCUAGAAGUAUAAUGAACAGCCCCUAUUUAGCUGAAAAUGAAACAUAAAAUUCUGAUAAGAGUAAUAAAAAUAGCAAUAAAAAAGAUUAAUAAAUUUGUAAAACUCGUUCUUAAGUAGCAAAUAAAGGUAAAAACGAAGAAGAAAAAAUUUCUCGUCUUGAAGUUGAAUAGAACAUUCAGGAUGAACUGAUGCAAUAGUUUGAGAAAUAUUAAAAGUUGAUGAAAGAAAAAGGACUUGAUAUUUAAAUUGUAAACAACUAGAUUGGGCAAGGAAAUAAUUAUAAGAAAGAUCCUAGCAAUAAACUUAGGGCGAAAAGGGAAAUAACAUAUCUCAAUGACUAGUUUAUUCAUGAUGAACACUAUGUAAAGUUAUUUGAUUACUAGGUAAAAGGAGUAAAGUGGCUUUAUGAAAAUUAUAAGAAAGCAUAAGGUUGCAUAGUUGCUGAUGAUAUGGGUUUGGGAAAAACAAUUCAAAUUUGCGUUCUAAUAGGAAAUCUGUUACUUAAAAAUGAGAUUUAAGAUGUUGUUAUAGUAUGCCCUACAUCUAUUGUAGACUACUGGAAAACAACUAUCAAAUAAUGGAAUUUAGGAUUACAGUAUAAGAUCUUAGACAUAAGAGAUAAAGGAAACAGACUUGAGGUUUUUUCUCCUUAAAGAAUAUAAAAUUGCCCUGAGAUAUUGAUAGUGUCUCCAAAGAUAUUUGAAAAUCAACUAUAGAAUAUUUAAGCCCGCUUUGAUAUUGACAUGAUGAUAAUUGAUGAAGGUCACAGAGCGAAAAAUGUGAAAACAAUGAUCAGAAAAAGUUUCAAAAGUCUUUAGGUUAAGCAAUAAAAAAUUAUAUUAACAGGCACUCCAGUUUAAAACAAUUUAGAGGAGUUAUAUAGUCUUUAUGAUUUAGUAUAGGAUGGGAAAUUCGGAGAAUUUUUCAAUUUUAAACGAAACUAUUCCUUUCCGAUUGAAUAAGGAUCUAAGAACUUCAAAAAUAUUGAGAUGGUGACAAUCGCUAGAGAAAAAAUAAGAGAACUCAAAUCGAUUUACGCCCCUUUCUUUCUCAGAAGAGUAAAGAAACAAAUUUUCAAAAUCAGAUCUGCAGAGCUUAAUCCAAUAUAGGAAAAGGAAACUGUGCUACCCUUAAAGACUGAUAUGGUUGUUUGGGUAACAUUAAGUGACAUGUAAAAGGAAAUUUAUGAGCUUAUUCUUAAUUCAGAAGUCACUAUCAAGGCGAUUAUUAAAAACCUUGUCAAACCAAAUAAGAGUAUGAGGCAUUAUCUAGGCUAUGAUAAUAAAAGAGGUUUGAAAUUAAGAGAAAAGUAUUAGAAAUUUAGAGAGUAUCUUAAGAAAAUUAAGGAAGAUGAACAAGGAAGUGAAGACGAAAAUCAGAAAUAUGGAGAAGUAAAUAAAUCUCUGCAAAUAGGCAUAAUACAUAAUUUCAUUGAAAGUGCAUUUAACAUAAAUAAAUACUCUGAUUGGAUAAAUCACUCUAAUAAAAUCAAACUUCUUUUUGAACUGCUUGAGAGCCUUCAUUAAAAUGGAAAUCGAGUUUUAAUUUUUACGAAAUCAAUCAUCCUUCUUGACUUAAUUGAGAAUACAAGGGAAUAUGUCUGCAAUCAUUUUAACGAAAAUGGAACAUUUUGUUUCCUUUUGAGUUCUAAGGUAGCUGGUUUAGGAUUAAACUUGACAAGAGCUGAUAGAGCUAUAAUACUAGAUCCUGAUUGGAAUCCAGCAAAUGAUAAUUAGUGCAUUGAUCGAUUAUACAGAAUUGGCUAAAGAAAAGACGUAAUUGUUUAUCGAUUUAUAUGUGUGGGAUCAGUUGAGGAACAUAUGUAUCGAAGUGAAUAACUAGCUGAAAUUCUUAAUUACAAUUGA